CAAACGCGGGACUCUUACUUUGACUCUCGCGCAUCUUCCUGUUGCUGAUUCUCCACGCCGAGCUGCUGCACCGGGAAAAUGUCUCGAGUUUACGUGGGAAAAUUGAGCUAUCGCGCCAGAGAGAAAGAUGUAGAAAGGUUUUUUAAAGGCUACGGGAAGAUACUGGAAGUGGACCUGAAGAACGGGUAUGGGUUUGUGGAGUUUGAUGACCCCCGUGAUGCAGAUGACGCUGUGUGCGAUCUGAACGGUAAAGACCUUUGUGGGAAGAGAGUGAUCGUGGAGCACACCAUAGGACAGCGGCGUGAUGGCGGCAGCAGACCUGGAAGAAAAAUAGUGAUGUCACGUAACAGUGAUGUCACCGCAGGCCCACAGGUGAAGGAGAUCGGCUCUGACAUGGUUUCCUCAGAUCUGUCCGUAAAUCUGUUGAGUAGUCGGUAUGGUCGUGGAGGAGGAGGGGAAAGGUUCGGCCCACCCACUCGCACCGAUUACAGGCUGAUUGUGGAAAAUCUCUCCAGUCGCUGCAGCUGGCAGGACCUGAAGGACUACAUGCGUCAGGCUGGUGAGGUGACUUACGCAGACACUAACAAGGGCCGCAAGAACGAGGGGGUCAUCGAGUUCAGGCAGUACUCAGACAUGAAAAGAGCCCUGGAGAAACUGGACGGCACCGAGGUCAAUGGAAGGAAGAUCCGGCUCAUCGAGGACCGGCCUGGUGCCAGACGCCGCCGCUCCUACUCUCGCAGCGCCUCCAGGUCUCGCUCCAGGAGCAGGAGGUCUCGCAGGAGCCGAAGCCACAGCCGAACCAGUAGCCGCUCAAGAGCCUCAGGCUCACGAUCACGCAGCAGGUCAACCAGCAAGAAGGCAAAGGGCAGGAGCAGUAGGAUGGAGGAGAGCAGUAAUGGAGCUCGCAGGGGAGGUGAAAGCGCUAGGGAUAAUAGCCUGAGCUGCAGCCCCCCGAGCAAAAAGAGCAAACGGGAGAACAAGAGGGCUCGCUCCUAUUCUAGAUCCAGGUCCCGAUCCAGAUCUCGAUCCAAAUCGGAGAACGACAGGGAUUUCUCCAGAGAGUCUGGGUCCAAGUCUCAGGAGGCGAACAAGAGCGGCGAUGAAGGCCGGGUGACUGAAAGGGCGCACCGCUCUAGAGCUCAUUCUCGAUCCAGAUCACAAACACCACCAGAUGCUGAUCUGCAGAGGAAAUCUAGAUCCAAAUCCAAAUCUCGCUCGCAUUCACGCUCGCGAUCUUAUUCCCGAUCUCGAUCCCGCUCAAGGUCACGUUCUUAAGCAAAAAAAAAAAAUUCCAAUUGGCUUUUUUUUUUUCUUGUUUUCCAGUCUAACUAAACAUCUUUAAAACAAGAAUAUAUCUUGGUACUUUUUUUUUUACCCCACUGACAAUUUUUGUCACUAAAUGGUUAGAUUUGUGCUAUUAAAAAAAAAGACAAUUUGUGGUUGAGGUAAGAAAAACCGAAUUCAAGAUAUUUACUGAAAACAAGUCUGAAUGUGUUACUUUUUUGUGAAAAGCAAAACGGUGCAUCUUGUUUUUAAAUAUUUUUCUUGAACAUGACAAAAAUAGACUGAAAUUUGUCUAAAUGUUGUUCUGCCCUACAUUUUUCUCUUCUUUGAAGCAAACUGCAUUUGUUUUUUUUCUUUCUUUUUUUUUGUCAUAGUUUGUAGUAUUAGGGAAAUUUCAGUAUUUACUGGUAUUGUUAACGUUAUGCAUCAUUUUUAGUAGUGUUUUUAUUUUAAAAUUGCUUGCAAUAUAUUUGAUUCAUAAAGACAGAGUAAAAUCAAACCAACAGUAGAUGUCCUUGCCUUUGCAUUGUAUAUUUAGAAAUGUACCAUAGUUGUUGUUAAGCUGGGGCAGCGUUUAUGGUCUUUUUACAACAAAGCUCUCCAUACAAAAAUAAUAAAAAACUGCCUCACAA